AUGAACGAAGAUGAUAAAAAUGCAUUAGCCAAGCAAAUCGAAGACUGCAAGCCGAUGGUGUUGAUACCAGCGCAUACAGAUGAAGACACUGCGUCAUAUUUGAUUUAUCGUACCUGGUAUGAAGAUUACGGUAGUAUAAUGAACGAAGAUGAUAAAAAUGCAUUAGCCAAGCAAAUCGAAGACUGCAAGCCGAUGGUGUUGAUACCAGCACAUACAGAUGAAAUUGAGAAGAUGGGCUUUGUACCUGGCUACAACAAAUCAGAUAUUAUUUCACCAGGAGGCGAAACAUCGGUCGAGGCUGAGGUAGCGCCGGAGACAAAAAAGUCGAGGCAGGAGCACCAAAGGCGGUUUCCAGUGAUCUAUGGUGAUGAUGAGGUAAACCCUAAAUCCGAGACGCAAGAUGCUCGGGCAGGAGGCAGUGGUGAUUGCCCGGCGGAUGUUUCGUUUGCUUUCGAUCCGAUAAGAGAUGCUCAUCUGGUUGCCAAGAAUGCGUACGAUGCGUAUAGGGACGAUGAGGAAAUCAUCAAGUACUGGUAUCAGAGAUAUCGCCUGUUUUCAAAACUGGACAAAGGAGUUCUUUUGGACCGAGAAGGAUGGUUCUCGGUCACACCGGAGCGGAUAGCCGAGCAUAUCGCCGAUCGAAUGGUUCGACGACCGAAUAUGCUGAUUGUUGAUGCAUUUGCUGGUGUUGGUGGUAA